CGUGAAUGCACCGUAAAUUACGUAAAAUUGGCACCUUGUUUUAGAGAAUUUUCAAUCGUAUUAGUUUUAAGUGAAAUUGCGUAUUUAUCUGUACACGAACUAUAGUUAAUUAAUGCGUUAAACUUGCAUAAUGCAGGCUAUUAAAACUUUGGGAGCUGCGGCUCCUACUACGAUGUUGUCCGUAGUAAAGAAGGGUGCAUUUGCACCCAUUGUAGAAAAAAUAAGGCAAGUCCAUUUGCCUGCUCCGAAGCCAAACGAAAUGAGACCUUACUCACCGUUUCAAGAUGCUACUAACAUGGCUGAGAUGGCGGUAGCCAGGCUUGACGACUUAUUGAACUGGGGAAGAAAAGGUUCAAUGUGGCCCAUGACCUUUGGUUUGGCUUGUUGUGCCGUGGAGAUGAUGCACAUCGCCGCACCGCGAUACGACAUGGACAGGUAUGGUGUGGUGUUCCGUGCAUCUCCCCGUCAAUCAGAUGUCAUGAUUGUAGCUGGUACUUUGACUAACAAGAUGGCACCUGCAUUGAGAAAAGUCUAUGAUCAGAUGCCUGACCCGAGAUGGGUUAUAUCCAUGGGCAGCUGUGCAAAUGGUGGUGGUUACUACCAUUACUCUUACUCAGUUGUAAGGGGUUGUGAUCGUAUAGUACCCGUCGAUAUUUAUGUACCUGGAUGCCCACCUACAGCUGAGGCUUUGCUCUAUGGAGUUCUUCAAUUACAGAAGAAAGUGAAGAGAAUGAAGACCGUUCAAAUAUGGUACAGAAAAUAAAUGACAAACUUCAAUCAAUAAAAUAGAUGAUUUUAUAUUUAUGUAAAUUUUACUCUCAGUUGCAGUAAUAAAUGCUAUACCUAGUGCAAGCA